CAGAAUUUAAUUGUUGCUUAUUAAUUAGUAAAACUAUUUCAUUGGUAUUAUUUAUUUAUUAUUAACAGAUUCUUUAUACUGAAACUAAGCUAUAAAUUUGGAAAGACCAAAAUAUUAUGACUUGAUAAGAAGUCAUGAUGGCUUCUUCAUCAACCAGAGCUUCUGCAUCUAACAGAAGCUCACAGAUUUUUGGUGGUGGUCAAGACCAAAGUCCUGCUCAUGCCAGUGAUGAAGAAGAUAGAGGUGGUGACAUUGCAGAAACGCUGCGACAAAGUGCACAGUUUAUGGAGGGCCCUGUGCUGUACACUCGCCGCUAUGCCAUGCUUGCCAUGUUUGCUGCCCUCGGAUUCAUACAGUGUGCAGUAUGGAACACUUGGGGUCCCAUAGCAUCAUCAGCUGUUGAAGCAUAUCCGGCACUCACCCCGAGCAACAUCGCCACCCUCGCCAUCUGGGGGCCUGUGACCUGCCUCACAGGCACCAUAUUCUGCACCCUCCUCAUACAGAAGAGAGGUAUGCGGACUGCCAUGAUAGUCAGCUCGCUUCUGAUGGCGGUGGGCACAUCGCUGCGCUGCACCACGCAGGACCCUGCUCUCUUCAUGACAUUUGCUCACUUGGCGGCCAUCCUGAACGGCUUUGCUGGGGUGGUGGUGGGCAUUGCUCCCGCGCUCCUGUCGUCUCUCUGGUUCCCUGUGUCUUUCCGGACCACUGCCACCAGUGUUGGCUGCACCUUCAACCAGCUCGGCAACGCCGGCGGCUUCUUCUUGGGUCCGUUUAUGGUGGAGGUUCUGGACGGCGUGGCAAGCGGGCAGCGGCAAGCAGGGCUUGACCACAACGCUCAGCUGGGCGUUGACCGUUCCAGCGAGAAGCUCCUUGCGAAAACAAUCAACGACAUCACUAAUUCCUCCACGACAAGCUUUACUAAUGUGUCUGCCGGGACUUUAGUUGACCCCGUCAAUGUCGGAGCUCGUUUAAAGUUGUUGAAUAGCAAUGGCCUUGCUCAGAGUAUAGCAUGGAAUACAAGUCGUGCACUUAUUAGUCCUUUGAUGGAGGAAGAGCUUAGUGAAUGGCACGCCACUCAGCGUCUGCAUGGCUUAACGUUCGAUACAGAAGCUAGCGAUGACGCCACUGUUUCUCCUGAAGAACAGGAACUGCUGCGACAUCUCAUAUCAAACUACAUGUUCAUUGUUGCGGGGGUGUCGCUGGGGCUACUGGUGCUCAUUAUAGCUUUUUUCGAGGAUGAACCCCCAACUCCGCCUACGGUCCCCGUGCCGGAGAUUCUCUCGCGGUCUGGCCGCUCCUCAAUAGCUGCCUACGCCCGAUCUCUGCGAGACUCUUCGCGUGUACCUACAUCACGCACCGCCACAUCACGCACCACUACAUCACGCACCGCCACAUCACGCGCCGCCACAUCACGUACCGCCACAUCACGCACCGCCACAUCACGCACUGCCACAUCGCACACUUCUACAUCACGCACCUCGACCGCCCGCAAUCGCCCCCUAACAGAGACCCUGUCCCUCGCUAUCGUUCCUUUCCGGAAUCGCUCGUUUAUGGUGAUGCUGCUCGCGUACAGCAUAACCAUGGGCAUCAACGUGGCGUGGUCCAGCAUGCUGGAGAUCAGCCUCAGGCCUCUCGGUGUUUCCCAGGCAACUAUUGAACAAAUUGUUUACAGCUUAUCAGACUGUAGCGUCUCGUGUGUUAUGUCUAGCAUCAUCACCCUACCUUCCUUCCGCCCUCGUGAUCAUAUCAACAAAGAAUGGCAGCUGCAAGCGAGUGCAUCACUGGCAGGCAGCCUGAACUACGCCGUGUCGCCGCUCUUUUUCGAGCUGGGCAUGGAGCUCGGCUACCCAGCGCCCGAGGACGUCGUGGGCAGCAUCCUUAGCAUGUCCUGGAAUAUCGCAGGAGUUCUUUGUCUCUUUGCUCUGCAGCAACAAGGCGCUGACCUGCACUCUGCGCUGCUGCUGGACUACACGCUGGUGGCGCAGGGGGUGCUGGUGGUGGUGCUGCUCUUCUUCGUCAAGGAGGAAUACCGGCGCUCGGGGCCGCAGAAACUCGUCGAGGAACUGCAGUCGACGAUGCGACGAGGACGCGUCGACUACGACGACGUGUCAGGCUACGGCGUCAGCGACGACAGCGACGACGACGAGUCGCCAAGACGAGGAAUUUCGCACGUACGCCUCUUGGCGGACUCCUCGAGCUCUGAGGACGGCGGCCAUGACAACCCCGCGUGUGACGUUCCUUGAGU